AUGGGCCAUGCGAAGCCAUUUGUCCCGUGGGUCACACGGUGCCGUGCCCACCCCCCCCCCCCAGACCCCACCUGGGCCAGCCUGAACCUGGGGGCUCUGAUCUGCAUCGAGUGCUCGGGGAUCCACCGCAACCUGGGCACCCACCUGUCGCGCGUGCGCUCCCUCGACCUGGACGACUGGCCCCGGGAGCUGACGCUGGUGCUCGCCUCCAUCGGCAACGCCACCGCCAACAGCAUCUGGGAGAAGAACCCCCAGGGCCGCUGCAAACCCACCCCCGAGUCGUCACGGGAGGAGCGGGAGUCGUGGAUCCGGGCCAAGUACGAGCAGCGGCUGUUCCUGGCGCCGCUGCCGGCGGCCGAGGCGCCGCUGGGGGAGCAGCUCCUGCAGGCGGUGCAGGAGAAGGACCUGGAGGCCGUGCUGCUGCUCCUGGCUCACAGCAAGAAGGAGCAGCUCGGCGUCAGCGACAAGGACCGGCGCACGGCGCUGCACCUGGCCUGCGACAUGGCCCUCGUGGUCAUCACACAGCUGCUGGUGUGGUACGGCGCGGACGUGAGGGCGCGGGACGGGCAGGGCCGCACCGCGCUGUUCUACGCCCGCCGCGCCGGCAGCCAGGAGUGCGCCGACAUCCUGCUGCAGCACGGCUGCCCCGGGGAGGGCCCCGGCGGCCCCCCGACCCCCGGCCUGCGCCGCAAGAGCAGCGCUGCCAGCGUGGGCCCCUGCGAGCCCCGGACCGCCCUGGUAUAGCGGGCGAGGGGCCCGGCACCCACCCGGACCCCCGCCCACCCCCCCCCCCCCCCCCACACUCCGGGCGCCCGCCCGGCACUGCCCCACGGUUUGUAUUUUUGAUGCUCUAUUUAUUAUUCAGCUCCCGCUGGGG